AUGGCAGAUGACAGAAUAAGGGAAUUAGAAAUCAUGAUAAGACUGAUAGACAUUGAGAUUAUUUUGGCCAGAAGGCGUGAGGGGAGACAAGAACAAGCCAACAGAAGGAGAAGAAGAAGGAGGCAAGUUUGGACAAGAGAAUGGCUCAAAGAAGGGUCAUGUUUUGGUCAAUAUGAUACUCUGUUACAUGAACUAAACAGAGAGGACCCCAGGUGUUACAAGAACUUCCUCCGUGUUGAUGCUGACUUGUUUCAGGAGUUUGUGAGACGUGUCGGGCCACAAAUAACCAAGAAAACAACCAAUUGGAGAGAGCCAUUGGACCCUGGAUUGAAGCUUGCAAUCACACUCAGACACAUGGCCACUGGUGCUACAUUCAGAGAGUUGAUGUACAGUUUCCGGGUAGCAGACAACACAAUCUCAACAUUCAUACCGACAGUCCUGGAGGCUAUAGUCGACACAUUCCAAGCCGAAGUUAUGCCACCACUUAUUGAGCCAGAUGAAUGGAGGGAAGUCAGUACCAGGUUCAACACCAAGUGGAAUUUCCCUCAUGCUUGUGGUGCCCUGGAUGGCAAGCAUAUUCCUAUCAAGGCCUCACUAAAUUCUGGAUCACUCUACCACAACUACAAGGGCUUCUUCUCCUUGAUCCUUCUGGCAUUGGCAGAUGCCGACUACAAGUUUAUAUGGGUAUCAGUGGCGGAGUAUGGCUCAGCAUCCGAUUGCCAAGUGUUCAACGAAUCUGAAUUAAGGGAAUUGGUGGAAGGAGGUGAGCUAGGCUUCCCUGAUCCAGAGCCACUGCCAGGCCUGACGGAAAACCUGCCCUACUUCUUCCUGGGAGACGAAGCAUUUCCCUUGAGGACAUGGAUGAUGAAACCCUACUCAAGGAUGGGCCUUGGCCACGAUGAGCGCAUAUUUAACUACAGGCUGUCUCGUGCCAGAAGGGUGGUGGAGAAUGCAUUCGGAAUAUUGGCCAACAAAUUUCAAUGUCUGUUGAAUGCAACAGUUUAUAAGAAAACAGAAAGUGUGAAGUCCCUAGUCCUUGCUUGUGUCAUGUUGCACAACCUUUUGAGGAUACGUUACCCUGGUGUACCAGCCAAUGCCGACCAUGAUGACCAAAACCAUGCCCUAGUACCCGGGGUAUGGCGAGAGGAGAGUCAACUAGUGGACGCAGGAGGACAUGCUGGCCGCAACGUAGACCACAACCUUGGAAAGCAACAAAGAAACUACCUCAGGGAUUACUUCAUGUCGGAAGCUGGUUCGGUUCCAUGGCAAGAACAGAUGAUAUAA